AUGGCACUAAAGCCGAACGGUGACCGGACUCGAACUUCGACGGCCAAGCCUCGCGUGAAGGUGUCCGUCCGCCGCAGCGGUCGCAAGGUUGCGCCGGUAGACCUUGCUGCCCCACGCAAGGAUGAGGCAAACCGUUUUUUUGGUGCAGGCCGAUACAGAGAGGCUAUUGCUGCAUACACCGCGGCCAUUGACUGCCUCGACAAGUAUGAGCCUGCAGCAGAUGGGGCAAGUUCAACUUGCGGUGAUAGAGUGCAAGAGGCGGACUGCGCUGGUGAGGAGAAGGAGGCGAUUGCACUGAAGGUUGCUCUGCUGGCCAAUCGUGCACUGGCCUGCUUGAAACUGGAGGAUUGGCGCGAAUGUGUGCUCGAUGCCUCUGAGGCCUUACGGUUCGAGCCCAUGCACCAGAAGGCCUUGCUUCGUCGUGGCUUUGCUCUCGCGCGUAUGAAGCGCUGGGGACCGGCUGCCAAAGAUUUGGACCGUGCCGUCAGUGCUGAUUCCACGGACAAGAAGGCAGCUGCAGAGUUGCAGAUGGUGCGUCGCAUGUUGACAGAGCAGGCAAAGGAUGCACGCGCUCAUGCAAAAUGCGUGAUGUGCGAUAGCACACGGUCCCCGAACAUGUCGACAAGAAAGCUCCAGGUCAAAGUGCUUCAAGCAAGGCCCAUCAAGGCAGUCAAGGAAGUGAGCCAGUCUUCCCACCAGAAGGAGGCGCUUGCUUCACAACAACAUACAACAACCAUUGAGACUCUUGCUGGCGAUCCAGCGCCACCUGGGCCUUCUUCGGUGUCAGCACCUCGAAGCCGGUACGUGCCUCGCAGUGUGCGAAUACGAGGGCGGCAGUCCCCUCCGCAGGCCAUGCAAGGCAUUUCCCGGGUUGCUGCUGAUGCCGGCAGACAAGCUGGCGUCUCAUUAGAUGGUCUUGACUGA